AAGGACCUAGCUCUCAGCCAGUAUUUCUCCCGGAAACACGAUCCAGCGAUAGUCUUUCAGAGACUCUUCUCCUCAGCUACAAUAUCUCUUUCUACGUUACAAGCUCGUUCGAGACUUUUGUUUGGGUGCUUCUGCCAUCAUGUCGUCUCCGAGGUACGCGGAAGGUCAGAAGGUUGAGUAUUAUCCUAUUGGAGGUGAGAAUUCGCCUUUACGCUAUCUGUAUGAAUGGAUGGAUGGAUGGAUGAGAUUGGAUGACUGGUAGAAUAGGUAAAUCCAGGACCUCAACUAGCACUGGAACCAUCACUCGAGUCAUGACUGAGCCAGAUGCUGCCGGCUCCACUGGUGUCAUGGUGAAGGCUUCUUUCGAUGACCCCCGCUACGAGGCACGUCCGUCUCGUCAUUCGUUAUUUUGUUACACUGAACAUUACUAAUGUCUGUUAGAUCGAGAACGACAACACGGGUAAGAGGUCGGCGGUCAAGGAGGAUAAUAUAGAGAGAACUAUUGAGUGA